ACAAAUGCAAUCCUAUGCGCGCGGGAUGCCAUAUAGACAUGCCAGAAGUGGUGAAACGAAAGAAAGCAGUGAUCAACGUACAAUCCAUGGACAAUGCAUGUUUCGCGUGGUCAGUGGUCGCUGCUCUCUAUCCAACUGAAAGACACGCGGAGCGCGAGUCGUCGUAUCCGCAUUACAGUGAUGUGUUAAACCUGCGAGACGUUCCAAUGCCAAUGACAUUAAGUGGUAUUAAAAAGUUUGAACAAUUGAACAGUAUUUCCAUCAAUGUAUACAGCAUCGAUGAAAAGAACAAUUGUGAACGCACAAUCGUACCGCUACGAGUCGCUGAUGAGAAGAAGGAGAAGCACGUGAACCUAUUGUACCUGCAAGAUCAGGGGGAUGCUGAAGUGGGCCACUUCGUCUGGAUAAAAAACUUAUCCCGCCUCGUCAGUUCUCAACUCAGCAAGAAGGAGCACAAAAAGCACAUUUGCGAUCGGAUAGUAUCAAUAAAAUUUAUGAAAAAUUGUUUUAUUUGAAAAAAUAUAUAUUAAAAACAUGUUUUUCUUUCCAGAUGUUUGCACUACUUUAGC